AUGAGCGCCUCGGGUCUGCUGUUUUUGCUUCUCACUUCGCUUGUGUUGCUGCACGUGAAGGCCAAGGCGGGAUGUGUGUGCAGUGGGAAAUCCAGAUGUCACUGUGAAGGAGUAAAAGGUCAAAAGGGUGAAAAGGGAUAUCCUGGUGAAAUUGGUCCUCCUGGACUUAAAGGCUAUGCUGGUCCUGAGGGUCAUCGAGGUCCUCAGGGUGAGAAGGGAAAUACUGGUCCUAUAGGUAACCCAGGAUCAAAAGGGGACAGGGGGGCCAGUGGAAAUCCAGGUUUCCAUGGAUCUCCGGGUUUGCCAGGCACUCCAGGAAAUCAGGGUCCCAUUGGCUUACCUGGGAGCCCUGGGUGUAACGGCACAAAGGGACCACCAGGUUCACCUGGGUCAAAGGGACCACAGGGCCCCCCUGGCUUUGAUGGCAUGCCUGGACCAAAGGGUUUCAGAGGCACUGAUGGAUCAGAUGGGCCUCCUGGACCUCCAGGAUUAAAGGGUACAGAAGGUCAAUGGACUGGUAUUCCAGGACCCCCUGGUCCAAAGGGAAACCAUGGGCCUCCUGGUAUAGCAGGUCCACGAGGAACAAAGCUAUACGCAACUGGCCCUAAGGAUUUAAAGGAGUUCAUGUUGGUGCUUUUGCUGUGUCUGCCUCCCCAUGUCCAAAAAUGUUUAAUCACUUUCUUGGAUACCUCUCCUCAGGGUGAUCAUGGAGACAUUGGUGACAAGGGAUGCAAGGGAAGAAGUGCGCACCCUGGUCCUUCAGACCAUAAAGGUGAAAAAGGAGUCAAAGGGGACAGGGGUGUUAUGGGUGCUCUGUAUUCCGAAGUUAAAGGAUAUCGGGGAGAGCCCGGUACUAAAGGGCCACCUGGUCCCACUGGUAGUCUGGGUGGAGGUUCUUACAUCCCUGGACCAGCAGGACCAAGAGGGCCACGAGGUCUAAUGGGGGUCAAAGGGGAAAAGAGUGACCCAGCCCUAGAUCAGUUUGGACCUCCUGGUACAGAGGGAUCCCCAGGAAUUACAGGGCCUCGUGGAGAUCCAGGACCUCCAGGUCCACCAGGCCCCCAGGGUCCUCCUGGGCUACCUGGACCUCCAGGAAUAAAUGCACCACCUGGAUCAAAGGGAGAUUUGGGUUUUAAAGGAAUACAUGGUUUACCAGGGUUUCAGGGGCUUCCAGGAUCACCUGGGCAUCAGGGUUUGCCGGGAGAGAAAGGAAGUGGUGGGAGCUUCUUCCAGUAUGGAGAGAAGGGUGAUAUGGGAUCUCCAGGGCUUCAGGGACAACCUGGAUCAGACGGCUUUCGUGGUCCACCAGGACUUCCUGGGGUCAAGGGACCACCCGGGCCCAUGGGUGAUACAGAUGUGACUUCCAGUGUCAGGGGAGACCGAGGAUUUCCUGGACGUCCAGGAUAUCCAGGUAGACCAGGACCACAGGGGCCACCAGGACCUCCAGGAUAUGGAGUUCCUGGAUUUUCUGGAGAGAAAGGCAGUCGUGGAGCAGAAGGCCUCAGUGGUAUACAAGGACCACCAGGACCAAAAGGAGAGCCUUAUAGAAGUCUAAAAGGUCGUAAGGGCCUUUCAGGGCCAGCUGGACCACCAGGGAGUACUGGGUCGCAAGGCCUUACAGGAAGUCCAGGUGACCCUGGUCCUAAAGGAGAAAGAGGCAGUGUUUCUCCUCAGCUUCCUGGGCUGCCAGGAAUAAAAGGUAACAAAGGCGAUCCAGGGGUCCCAGGUGUUCCUGGAGUAGGUUUGAAUGGGCAACCUGGACCAAUUGGACCACCAGGCGUACCAGGGUCAAAGGGAGAAGUUGGUUAUGGCCCACCAGGGCUGGAAGGCCCUGUGGGGCUUUCAGGUGAGCAAGGUGUUAAAGGCCCUCCAGGAGACUCAGGUGUGACGGGUUUACCUGGCCUAUUUGGAGAUGCAGGAAGACAAGGGGCAUAUGGCUCCAAAGGGAAUAAAGGUGUAAUGGGAGUUCAGGGUCCACCUGGUGCCCCAGGUGACUGUAAUGCAACACCUGGUCCAGCAGGUGAUCCAGGAAUAAGAGGUCAACCAGGUCUCCCAGGAGCACGUGGACAGAAGGGCAUUAUUGGAAACCCUGGUUUACAAGGUUUUGGUAGUCCUGGAUAUGUUGGAAACCCAGGCCCACCUGGGUUCUUAGUGCAGGGACCACUGGGACCCCCUGGACAACAGGGUGUCCCAGGGUCAGAUGGACUUCUUGGGGAAACAGGACCCAGUGGAGAUCCAGGAUUAACAGGAACAUCAGCUCCUGGACCAAAUGGGGUCACUGGAGAACCUGGGCCACCUGGACAAAAAGGAUCUCAGGGUGUGGCUGGCAUGAAAGGCCUGAUGGGUCCUCCUGGUGAUUCUGGAGACCCUGGAGCACCUGGACCUCCAGGUCCUAAGGGAUGUGACAUACAUGCACCUGCAGGAGACCCUGGACCAGCAGGCCUGACUGGUUUAGGUGGUGCCAUAGGAGAUCCAGGACCCCAAGGUGCAAAAGGAGCUAAUGGAAAAGAUGGGAUACCUGGGCAGCCUGGACCACCAGGCCCUAUAGGUGAUGGAGGGGUUGACAGCCAUGUUCCUGGUGAACCAGGCUUAUCUGGAUCUAGAGGAGAUCCUGGAAACAUUGGUUUUCCUGGUCCUCCAGGUAUUAAAGGAGAGCCAGGUUUUCCUGGAUCCCCAGGGCCUUCAGGAGUAACUGGUGUACCUGGAAAAAAGGGACAGAAAGGAGAGAAGGGUGUAGGCACUCAGGGACCUUCUGGGCCAAGAGGGCAAAAGGGAGAGCCUGGACCAGUAGGUGAUGAGCCACAAAAAGGAGAGAAAGGGAAUGUUGGAUUUCCUGGUCAACCAGGUAACCAUGGGCCAACAGGAACUCCAGGAGACGGUGGAAACUCUGGACUUCGAGGACCCCCUGGACCAUGUGGUCUACCAGGCUCUCCUGGUCCUUCUGGGCCUCCAGGACCUUGGGGUAAUCCUGGUCUACAAGGGAGUGUCGGUUUUCCUGGUCUUCCUGGACCAGUAGGUCAGAUAGGCAACCGAGGUUGGGAUGGCUAUCCUGGGCCACCAGGACCAAAGGGAGACACAGGUCCUACAGAAGCUCCUCCAGGCAGAAAAGGAGACAAAGGACAACCAGGUCCAAAGGGGGAUCAAGGACUUCCUGGCAUUCCAAGUUAUGGACCACCUGGUCCUGCUGGAAUAAAAGGAAGCCUAGGACCCUCAGGGCCUCCAGGUUUGCGUGGUAAUCCUGGGACUUUGGGAGAAUGCUUUCAUGGGAACAAAGGAGAUCCUGGUCUUCCUGGUAGACCUGGAGAUCGUGGGCCACAAGGUCCCAGGGGCCCUCCAGGGCCUUCCUUACCUGGACAUAAAGGAGACAAGGGGGACAAGGGACUGCCAGGCCCACCAGGACAUGCUGGAGAGUUAGGAGAUGAUGGACAUUCUGGGCUUAAAGGGUAUAAGGGUGCUGCAGGCAGUCCUGGGUUACAAGGGGACCCUGGGGUUACUGGCUUUCCUGGAUCACAUGGUGAGACUGGAGAACCUAGCUACAAUCCUGGCCCCAAAGGUAUACCUGGAUCCAAGGGAAGAAAAGGAGAAAAGGGUUCAAAGGGCAAUAAGGUGAUCAUCAAGAUCAUUAAAGGUGAUCCAGGGCCAAAUGGAAGCUCUGGAGACCAUGGUCUUCCUGGACACAUGGGGCCACCUGGACCACAGGGGCCUCCAGGUGUCCAAGGCCCCAAGGGCCUUCAAGGGAAGGCUUAUCCGGGUUAUCCUGGGUUCCCCGGAUUAAAAGGAGAUAAAGGAGCACCUGGGCAGCCAGGGCUUGUUGGUAAUAUGGGACAGCCUGGACAGAAGGGCCUUCCGGGGCCUCCAGGAAGAGGUGUGCAUGGACUUACAGAAGGCUUCCUGCUGACCAGACACAGCCAGAGUGUCCUUGUGCCCUCUUGCCCACCUGGCACCACUCUCAUCUAUGCAGGCUAUUCCCUGCUCUUCAUCAAUGGGAAUAAGAGAGCACAUGGACAGGACCUGGGUACUCUUGGGAGCUGCCUGCCUCGCUUCUCCCCCAUGCCUUUCCUGUUCUGUGACACAGAGGAGACCUGCCGCUACGCCUCCCGAAACGACUACUCCUACUGGCUGUCCACAGCCGAGCCCAUGCCCAAUAACAUGAUCCGGGGGGACGCUGUGGCGAAACACAUAAGCAGGUGUUCAGUGUGUGAGAGCACAAGCAAUGCCAUUGCUGUCCACAGCCAGACCACAUCUAUUCCAGAGUGUCCCAAAGGCUGGUUUUCACUGUGGACUGGCUAUUCCUUUGUCAUGCAAACAGGUGCAGGUGCUGAGGGCUCUGGACAGUCCCUGAUUUCGCCUGGCUCCUGCCUGGAGAACUUCCGUGAGGUUCCCUUCAUUGAGUGUCAUGGCCGUGGCACUUGUAACUACUACCCAGACUCCUACAGCUACUGGCUGGCCUCUACAGGCUUGGUGUUCAGUAAGCCCGUGCCUCAAACAGUGAAAGGUCCAUUAAUGACGAGUAUCAUCAGUCGCUGCCGUGUCUGCAAGAAAGCUAAAAAGCUGUGUAAAAGCCUGCAACAUUGCCAAACCACAGACUACCAAGAUUAUAAUUAG